AUGCCGCACGACACACAAGAAGCAAAGGCAAUUCUGCCUAGUGUACAAACACCUUCGGAGUUUAAUUUCGAGAAACCCGAAUCGUGGGCGAUGUGGUUGAAACGUUUCGAACGAUAUGUUUCCGUCGCAAAUCUCAAGGACAGAGCUGAAAGUGAGAAAAUCGACUUAUUGCUGUACACGAUGGGAGAAAAGGCUGAAGAAAUUCUUGCACAAAUAUCCACAGGAAGCAAUUUGGCAACGUUAAGGGCCGUCACAGACAAAUUCACGGAAUAUUUUUCGCCCAAGAAAAAUACAAUCUUCGAAAGAUACAAGUUUAAUUCGCGAAAGCAGCAACUGGGGGAGAGUGUGGACUCAUUUGUCACAGCAUUAUACUCUCUCGCUGAAACGUGUGAAUAUGGCGUGUUAAAAGAAGAAUUAAUACGUGACCAAAUAGUCAUUGGUGUGAAAGACGCACGUAUCUCAGAGCGUCUUCAAUUAUCAGCGGACUUAACCUUAGAAAAAGCAUUGAACAUGGCUCGACAAGCGGAGACACAAGCCAAAGAGGGAAAAAUGCUAAGAAAAGAAGCCGAAUCGGAACAAAAACAGCGCGACAGCAAGAAUAAGAUGCAGAGAGGAAACGAAAUCUGUGGAAGACGCGGCAAGGCGAAACACGCGGAUUUCAAGAAGUGCCCAGCACACGAGACAAUAUGUCACAAUUGCCAGAAAAUGGGUUAUUGGGACAAAAUGUGCAAGUCGAAGAAAGUACGCAGAGUCAAGGAACAAGAGGACGACGAAGGCAACGAUUCUGAUACGUCAACGAUAUUUUUAGGAACAAUACGCGAAAAUUUACUGUCUAAAUGAGAAUUUUUAUUUCGUGCGUAUGUGAGAGAGUUUUCACAACAGGUAGAUUUUAUUAUAGAUACAGGCGCGGAUGUUACUUGUAUUUCUACUGAUACAGUUCCGUGAAAAUUAAAAGAUAAAAUAAGUAAGACAGAUAGAGUAAUACUUGGACCGGAUGGGAAAAGACUAUCAGUUGCAGGAUAUUUACCGUUAAAU